CUAUGGUCUAUGUCAAGUUGUGAUUUGAUUUAUAAUUUCAGAAUUUUCGGAGUUAAUUUAUUUCUAAAAGGAUACCAUAAAAAAAAGUAAAUGAAAUUAUUGAAGACAAUAUGAUCACGAUAAAAUAGUAAAUUACGCUUAUAAAAUCCGCUACUCUUUCAAAGUGUUCGUUCAAAUAUCAAGCUUCGAGCUUGAUGAUAUUCUAAAAUGUCGGGCGAUCACAAAACAUUGAUAAAAGGAAGUCCGUCGCAGUACGUGAAAUUAAAUGUGGGUGGAACUUUAUUUUACACCACCAUUGGUACAUUGACGAAAAGUGAUAACAUGUUACGGACCAUGUUCAGUGGCAGAAUGGAAGUCCUCACUGAUUCUGAAGGUUGGAUAUUGAUUGAUCGUUGCGGAAAACAUUUUGGCACUAUUCUGAAUUAUCUUCGAGAUGGUACAGUCGCUUUGCCAGAUAGUUACCGCGAAAUUAUGGAACUUCUGGCUGAAGCUAAAUACUUCUUGAUCGAAGAGCUAACAGAUUCUUGCCAGCAAGCAUUGAGUAAGAAGGAGAGGGAAGCAGAACCGAUUUGUAGAGUUCCACUUAUCACUUCACAGAAGGAGGAGCAACUUUUGAUUAUGUCCACAUCAAAGCCUGUGGUAAAAUUACUCAUCAACCGACAUAAUAAUAAGUAUUCCUACACAAGUACAUCGGAUGAUAAUUUGCUUAAAAACAUUGAACUAUUCGACAAACUUUCACUACGUUUCAGUGGGCGUGUCCUCUUCAUAAAAGAUGUCAUUGGCUCCAAUGAAAUCUGUUGUUGGUCAUUUUUUGGCCAUGGCAAAAAAUGUGCAGAAGUGUGUUGUACAUCAAUUGUUUAUGCUACUGACAAGAAGCAUACUAAAGUAGAAUUCCCUGAAGCUAGGAUAUAUGAAGAGACAUUGGGAAUAUUACUGUACGAAAGUCGUAAUGGGCCUGAUCAAGAUUUAAUACAGGCUACUUCGUCGAGAGGUGCUGUUGGUGGACUUUCUUGCACUAGUGAUGAGGAGGAGGAGCGCUCUGGUUUGGCCCGACUAAGAUCAAAUAAGCAGAAUAAUCAAUCUUAGCGGUUACAGUCAGGCUUGGCCCGCCUACGGAGCUCCAAACGUACAAACGUUUGAUACCAAGCCGGUUAUAUCCUGCCAUUAUUAUGCUGGCUGCCAUGCCUUGGUAUUUAAGACUUGACUAAUCUAUUAACUUUUCUGUGAGUCUCCACUAUCUGUGAGCUCCUACACAAGUGAUGACAAAGUGAAGCAUUUACUGAAAGAAGUUGGUAAAUUGGACAAUAUAUUUGUGUCUACAAUUAUUAUCUACUAUUGUACUUAGCGAAUAUUGGAAAGUAUGCCAAUUUUAAUGCAAAACAUUCCGCAUUCAUUAUUAUUAUACAUCAUAUUAUUUUACUGUAGUAAGCUCAAAAUUAUAGUACAAGUAUGUGUCCAUUAUUCAUAUUGUGUGAAAUUCAUGACGGAAUAUACUGUUUUAUAAAGAUAUUACUUUUUGUACAUUUUAAAAGUUUUGCAUUAAAACUGACAGUUGCAAAAUAGUACACAAAGUUCCACUGCAGAAAAGGUCACAUAUCCAAUCUCAAGUCCAUGAUUUUAUUUCAUAGAAUUUAUAGUAGUAUUGUAAUUAAUCUAAUUUGAAAUUUAACAAUAGAUUCUUUUUCAUUUUCUAUCUCACAGUAUUUUCUAUUCUAUAAGUCCCAGUUAUUGUAAUAUUAAAUUGAUGAACUGUUUCACCAAUUGAAUAGCAAAAUCUCCUCCUUCCUUUCACAAAGAAAAUGUAUUGUAGUUAAAUAAUGAGAAUGUGAAAUCUUUAGUAAGAAUAUAGUAAUUGUGUACAAGCUUUGCAUACCAUUUAUAGAAUAAAUUACAUCUAAAAUCAAACUACAUACCGCUCAAGUAAUUUGCCAAAUUAAUGUUGAAUUCUAGCUUCAGAUAAUAGGUAAUUAUUGUAAUAUAAAACUCAUAAUAUUAGAAUUACAUAAUAUUAUGUAUAACUAGGUGAAAUGAAUUCGUGGUAGGUAUAGAAAACAAAUUAUUCAUGUAAAUAUUGCACAAGUCACAUAAAAUAAUUAACAAGGUUCAUAUUUUUAUUUUUCAUUCAAAACAUUAAAUAAAUUUUUCAUUUACCUUUCAGUAACAAUAGUACUUGAGUAUAAAUAGCUUUUGAUGGGACUUUGUAUUAAUAUUAUACACUGUGGAAGGAUUGAAAAAGUACUACUUCUACGUUCUUACUACUUAAGUACUUUUUCAUUCCACAAGUCUUCUUUUUGGUAUGCAGAUUUUCAUAUGAAAUAUUGCUACAAUUUAAUCAUAAAUAUUUGGAUGUUGAAUGGAGUGAAAUUAAUGAUCUAUGAUGUAGGUAUGUAGAAUCAACUAUAGUGAUUAUGUAAUGCCAACUAAGUAAGUCAGAAUAUAUUCUGUCUAGUCUGAUAUUUAUUAUUCCAUUUCUUUUUUUGUAUGAAUUUAUGCUAGCAUUUGGUGUUUGUAUAAUCAUGAUAAGACAAUUUAUUGAGAUCCACCUAGCUUUUUAUAAGUACAUAAUAUUAUAUUAUUGUAGUCAUGUGUAAUGUGGUUUAUUUAGUUGUGAUGUUAUACAUAAUAUAGUUAGCUUUAUUACUUUUAUUGCAACUCUGGUAGAGUUGUAUUUAGGAAACUAAAGUCUGCUCUAACUAGUCACUAGUAAGGUCAGUUCAGAGUAUUAUAGCAACACUACACAACACUAUUAAUUUAAUUAUGAUGGCUAUACAAACCCAAAUGGUACCUUUGCAUUAUGAGUUAGGUCUCAUGGGGAUUAAUUUUGAGGCUAUUUAUUUGUUAUUUCCAUCAAAGUAAUUUGUGGCUAAACAUGAUUAGUUUAUUAUGUUCCUCAUAAAACUAUGUUGAGUGCAUUCAUUGAUUCUUUAUUUAUAUUCUUAAAGACAGAUCAACUUCUAUGCAUGUGUAGAAUUAAUAAAAUCUAUUUGUGUAAAUCUUCCCUUCUCAUUCUGAGGGAAUACCCUUUCUCAGAAGUGAGCGUGCAAUGUGUUGAGAUGAUGUAAAUUUACCCUUUAUGAAAUAUAUUCAUUAACUCUUUCAAAAUAUAUGCUCACUGUUUAGCUGUC